AUGUUGGUUGGUACCCCCCACCUGCUGACACUGGAUGAAGCUGAUGCCACCUGGACCCUCAUCAAGGAUAAAGUUAUCGAGGAGCGCUUUGGGCCCAAUGUAGUGGCAGUACCUUUCCUGUCGGAUGCAGCCUGCUAUGACCUACUGGGUGUGCUAGUGAAGCAGUCCCGCCCAGCCCACACCCGCCUGGCUUUACCAGGUUGGCAGGGUCGGCGGGCACUACAACCAGUGGGGCCGCUACCAAACCUCCUGGAGCAGGCAGGGUCUGAGGGUGCCUUUGCCCACUGCACUCGGGAAUACUCACCAAACGGCCGAGCAGAGAUAGCCUAUGAAGAAAUGCGACUGUUGGAUGGGCAGCCCUGCCGGAUCCGCCUGCACAUGGGUGGCCUACGCAAGAAGGUGGCCUUCCUGCUGCUGCCACCAGGGCAAGUGAGCCUACAGCAAAAUCUUCCCUGGCUCCGAAGCACCCACAGCAUCUAUGUCAUCUACCAGGUCUUCUCCUGUUCCUGGCUGCAGCUGGGGCUGUUACCUACAGCCCGAGAGCCCCAGCUGCUCCGGUUACAACGGUCACUGCCUAUUGCCUUCUCCUGCCUCAAGUUUUCACUGCAGCCCAAAGGAGUGCUGGGACCACAGAAGCCUCUGACCAAAGAUCCACUGCCCCGUGGUGCCAACUGGGUCAGAUCCAACCUUGGCAUCAUGCCACCUCCGGCCCCCACGUCAGUUGCUGCAGAUACCCCUGAAGCUGCGGAUGUGCCUCCGCCUGUCCCAGCCCCACCUACACCACCUCCUCAGGAAGGGCCAGAGGGCAGACCCACCAGAUUCUCCUAUAAAGGCCGAAACCCCUUCCGCAGGGGACCCCAGAUGUUGUCAGAGAACUGGCUCUUCAGCCCCCGCAGCCCCCCACCAGGAGUCCAGGGUGGGGGCCCCGGGGACCCCGACCGGCACUCCAUGUCCCUGCCCCUGCUGCAGGGUCUGUCCUCAGAGUUCGACAGCGACGAAUGA